CGUGGGACGAAAGUUUUAGAAAUCAUGACAUUUCUCAGGCGAUUUCUUAUCCGUUGGCGGUUAUCAUGGCUUAAAUUAUUAAUUUUAAGCUUUCUGUGUGUAGGAAUUAUAAUUUACCUGCUAAAAAACAAAGAUCAGGUACAUAGCAAGCCCCUGAGGCCCCGAAAAACACCGUAUUAUGACCGAUAUUUACAGCAUCUCAAAGACGCCACCUGGUGGACUAAUAAACCGGGUGAGAAUGGCCGAGGGGUGUUUCUUUCUGGAGAGGAAAAGAUUCGGGCUGAUGCAUUGUUUAAAAAGGAGGCAUUUAACAUCGUCGCAAGUGAUAAGAUCUCAUUGGAGAGGACACUGCCAGAUAACAGAGAUCCUUUAUGUAAAACUGUGUCAUACCCCCGAGAUCUUCCCACAGCAAGUGUCAUCAUCAUCUUCCAUAAUGAAGCGUGGUCACCGCUGCUGAGAACAGCCCAUAGCGUCGUCAAUCGGAGCCCGCCCGAAUAUCUCCACGAAGUCAUCUUAUUGGAUGAUUUCAGUGACAGGCCUGAAUUAGGAGAAAAGCUUCACAAAUAUGUUAAGGAGACAUGGCCUGAGGGGGUGGUGAAGAUCGUGCGUAAAAAUGAGCGUCAGGGUCUGAUCAGAGCCAGGGUGGAGGGUGCGAAAGCUGCCUCUGGAGAUGUCCUCGUCUUUUUAGAUUCCCAUUGUGAAGCCAAUGUUCAAUGGUUAGAACCCAUGCUUGCAAGAAUAAAAGAAAAACGAUCUGCCGUCCUAUGUCCCGAGAUCGAUGUCAUUAGUGAUCACACCUUGCAGUAUAGCGGUGUAGGUUCUAGUGGUGUUGGGGGAUUUUGGUGGAGUAUGCACUUUGGAUGGGACCCUAUACCAGAGAGGGAGAGAAAGAGACGGAAGACCUCAAUAGAUUCCAUAUUAUCUCCCACGAUGGCAGGUGGUUUAUUUGCUGCCGACAGAAAAUAUUUCUUCGAAAUCGGAUCCUAUGACCCAGGCAUGGACGUCUGGGGAGGAGAGAAUCUGGAGAUUUCGUUUAGAGUGUGGAUGUGUGGAGGGUCUCUAGAGUUUAUACCAUGCAGUCGUGUUGGUCAUAUCUUCAGAGCAAGCCAUCCUUAUACAUUUCCAGGUAAAAAAGAUACCCAUGGCAUCAAUAGUGCCCGCAUGGUUGAAGUCUGGACAGAUCAGUAUUCUCGGUUAUUUUAUAUGCAUAGGAGGGAUUUAGUGGGUAAAGAUAUUGGUGAUGUAUCUGAGAGAAAAGAAUUGAGGAAACAAUUAAAAUGUAAAAGUUUCAAGUGGUACUUGGAGAAUGUAUUUCCGGAGAAAUAUAUCCCUGAUGAGCAUUCUUCUGCAUGGGGUUAUGUUAAGAAUCCAUCAAAGAGUUACUGCCUUGACUUAAUGAGCAGAGAUGAGAAGCUAUUGAUUAAGGUGGGCGUCUAUCCAUGCCAGGGUGGAUUUAGCUCCCAACAGGUAUUCUCAAUUAGUAAAGACAAAAAUGAACUACGGAGGGAGAAAGGUUGCCUGGAUACAGUAGGAGGUGCAUGGAGUUCCAAUGCAGUGGACCUUCGAACCUGCCACGGUGGUGGAGGAAACCAAGUGUGGAAACAUGAUAGACAAAGUGGUGCCCUAAUUCAUGGAGGAAGUGGCCUCUGUCUGGACACGUACAACCUUAAAGCCGGUGAUGAUGUCAGAGUGAGAAAGUGUGAUGGUAGUGACGGGCAGAAGUGGGAAUUUGAGCAUUAUAUGUAACUUAUUGUAAUCUUUAAUUGUGGUGUUCUCGGAAUAAAUUUUAUUUUUGGAGGGCCAUUAAAGGUGGAGUAAUGAUAUUAAGGGUAGUGUCUGUCAUGCUAAUGUAAUGUACAUGUACUGUAGUAGCCUGUUUCAUGAGAUUCACUCAUGAACACAGGUCAUAUGAUGUUAUCAGGAGUUUUUACAAGCCGUCUUCAUUCGACUACGAUUUACCAUUCCUUUGUAUGUUUUAAUUCGAAAUGUUUUACAUCUCUUUCGUCAGGAUGUUGGCAUUUAGCAGAAGGGGAUUACGAUACAGUCAAGUGCAUAUACACAAGUGCUUUUGCCCGAUAUUUGGGAAGGCAGGGCAAUGCAAAAGUGACGACGAAAAGUAAAGGGUGCUGGCGCCCAUCUGUAAUUGAAAAAGUGUUGGAAACUGUCGGAAAAGGUGCUAACAGGCCCAGAAAAGAUUGCCUAAUGUAGGUUCAGUGCCCUUCUAAAAUGGACAGGCAGAAGCUCUACAACAGUCGUCGCAUGAUUUUAUUAAAUCUUACCUGUACUGCCUUGUUAAGGAGGUUCAACGAGAGAUGAUGCCGUCAUGGCUCUAAUGGUCAGCAUACAUCCCAAAUAGAGCAGCCGGUGAGUCAUCAAAUGUGCACAUCUUUGGGUUGUAUCUCUGCGCAGAAGCUCGGCAUUAAAGUCCUUUUACUCCUCCCUUAACAAAAUUGAAAAGCAGAAGGUGAUUUUAUGAUACAAGGCCGCGCUUGGAUUCACUAUGUCACUUCACACACCUCUCACAAAUGUAUCACCACAAUCUUUGUUAAUUGACUUCGGCUGGAAAACUUUCAUGUCAUGAAAUGACAAAAGGGUGACAUGUGACAUUGUGAAUCCUAUGCAGCCCACUAAUUUGAAAAUUCUUUUGUUCAGUCUUAAAAUAUCCUGUUACAAGUGACAACAUAAACUAGAUGUGAACCCAGCCUCGAUUGGUAUUGGUACUUAAACUUAAUUCAUUAGACAUAUCACAUGAUUUCUACUCCUCUGGUACCAGUGUAAUUUUUUUUAGGUAGUGGUGCUUAUUGUACUUAAUUUUUUAUCUCAAUUCGGUUCAUGUAAUGGUGCCAGUGUCACUUAGAACAGUCCUGACAUGUACUCUGAUAAAUUUAUGGAUCAAUUUUUGAUUUUUGAUUGUAUAAUAAAUAAAACAUGAUAUGCAUUUGGAUUUUAUUUUUAAAUGACUAUUGCAUGAGGCUUCAUCAAGCAUCCUCACUGCUAGAAGUGGAAGAGAUAAUGCGUGAUGUGGGGAAAUUAAGCAGCACUGUCCCAUCUCAAAAAUAUUUCAUUGUUUUGUGUCACCCUCGUAUAAUGCAUGUAAUUCUACUAAACUUAUUACUGGUAUCAAAUGUAAGUACAUCUACUCGGUGCAAUAGAAGAAGAAUCAUUUUAACGAUUUUGUAUUCAUUUUAAUGAGGGUCUUGAUCAGUUUGUUGACUAAAAAACUCUUUAUUCCAAAGGUGUGGAAGAACAGUUUUGCAUGUUAUGGAGUCAAUCUAGAAGAGAAGUGCAGGGACCGGUAGAUUUGUUCUUAUGAAUUUUGUAACACAUUGUACAUACAUUCAAACUAAUAAAUCAUCAUAAAAUUC